AUGAUGUCACUAUUAGUGACUGACAUCCGCACGUCUUUAAUAACCAUAACCAUCGGUUAUAUUGUGUAUAAAUUGGCAAAGUUUUAUCAUUUGAGAUCUAAACUACCUCCCGGUCCGCAUCCCAUUCCGUAUUUGGGCAAUAUAUUGUAUCAUUGGGAUGUUGUGUUCCGACGAAUGGCUAAAAAGUAUGGCCCCGUAUUUACCAUCUGGUUGGGGCCAAAGCCACAAGUGAUGAUAACUGACAUUGAUUUAGCCCGAGAGGCGUUCAGGAAGAAUGAUAUGGCCGGUCGUCCCGAGUCUUAUUUUGGGUCUCAAUUGUCAAACGAGAAAUACCAAGAUGUAGUGUUUACUGAUUACGGACACACGUGGGAGGCAUUAAGACGUGUGGCUCAUUCGGCCCUACAAAAAUACUCAGUAAACGAAAGAUUGGUUUCUGUGGCCACCGAUUGUGUCGACAAAACUGUUAAAACAAUUUUUGCUAAGGAAGGAGUAGACAAACCCUUUUCACCCGUGGAUUACAUAUAUUUAAUGUUUUUGAAUAUCUUAGCCACGAGUACUGUCGGACAAAAAUUUAUGGACAAAACAUUAGUUGCAAAACAACGAAAGAUAUUCAAUGAAUCUGUGGAUAUCAUCAAAAAGAAAUAUAUCAAACAUUACGACGACUAUAACGAGUCAAUUGAGAGAGAUUUUUGCGAUGCACUCAUCAGUGCUAAGAAUGACGCCCUCAGAGACGGCAAAGAAUCCGCACCCUAUCUGACCGAUGAUAACCUCUCGAUGACUAUCUUUGACAUGUUCUUCGCCGGAACCGAUACCUCUCAGCAGACAUUUCAAUGGCUUUUGCUAUUUGUUUGCUAUUAUCCAGAAAUGCAGCAGAAGUUGAGACAAGAGAUUGAGUCCCAAAUCGGAGACCGAAUGCCAACACAUGAGGACAGGAAUCGAUGCCAUUAUGUCAUGGCUUUCAUCGCAGAGACACUAAGAACGAGAAACGUCGCGCCCACUGGUGUUCCCCAUAAAGCCCUUGUUGAUACUAAACUUGAUAAAUACACAAUACCUGAAAAUAUGGGAGUUUUUGUAUACCAGGGAAUCAUUUUACGAAAUGAUAGCGAUUGGGAAAAUGCCGAUGAAUUCACACCCGAGAGGUUUAUUGAUAGUGAGGGACAGUUCAUCACAACCCGUCCCAAAGCGUUCAUCCCCUUCGGUGUGGGCCGUCGUGUCUGUCCGGGAGAGAAGUUAGCCAUCGCUGACCUGUUCCUGGUUUUGGUCCGAUUUCUUCAGUCCACACAAGACUAUAAUAUAGUGCUCGACAGUAACGGCGGUAUAGAUCCCGACCCUAACGUUGCCGACAAUAUAGCCCCUGCAGAAUAUAAAAUUAAAUUGGUUAAAUUAUCUAAACUACCUCCCGGUCCGCAUCCCAUUCCGCUUUUGGGUAAUAUGAUGUUAUUUAAAUGCAAAGAUCAUUGGGAUGUUGUGUUCCGACGAAUGGCUAAAAAGUAUGGCCCCGUAUUCACUAUCUGGUUGGGAACAAAACCACAAGUUAUGAUAACUGACAUCGAUUUGGCCCGAGAGGCGUUCAGGAAGAAUGAUAUGGCCGGUCGUCCCGAGUCUUAUUUUGGGUCUCAAUUGUCAAAUGAGAAAUACCAAGAUGUGGUGUUUACUGAUUACGGACACACGUGGGAGGCAUUAAGACGUGUGGCUCAUUCGGCCUUACAAAAAUUAGUUACAAAACAACAAAAGAUAUUCAAUGAAUCCGUGGAUAUCAUCAAAAAGAAAUACAUAAAACAUUACUACGACUAUAACGAGUCAAUUGAGAGAGACUUUUGCGAUGCACUCAUCAGUGCUAAGAAUGACGCCCUCAGAGACGGCAAAGAGUCCGCACCCUAUCUGACCGAUGAGAACCUUUCGAUGGCUAUCUUUGACAUGUUUUUCGCCGGAACCGAAACCUCUCAGCAGACAUUCCAAUGGAUUGUACUUCUGAUGACAUACUAUCCGGAAAUGCAGCAGAAGUUGAGACAAGAGAUUGAGUCCCAAAUCGGAGACCGAAUGCCAACACAUGAGGACAGGAAUCGAUGCCAUUAUGGAAUAAUUUUACAAAAUGAUAGCGAUUGGGAAAAUAGCGAUGAAUUCAAACCCGAGAGGUUUAUUGAUAGUGAGGGACAAUACAUGACAACCCGUCCCAAAGCGUUCAUACCCUUCGGUGUGGGCCGUCGGGUCUGUCCGGGAGAGAAGUUAGCCAUCGCUGACCUGUUCCUGGUUUUGGUCCGAUUUCUUCAGUCCACACAAGACUAUAAUAUAGUGCUCGACAGUAACGGCGGUAUAGAUCCCGACCCUAAUGUUACCGACAAUCUAUCACCUCCAGAAUAUAAAAUUAAAUUGGUUAAAUUAUCUAAACUACCUCCCGGUCCGCUUCCAUUACCGCUUUUGGGUAAUAUAUUAUUAUUCAAAUGCAAAGAUCAUUGGGAUGUUGUGUUCCGACGAAUGGCUAAAAAGUAUGGCCCCGUAUUCACUAUAUGGUUGGGAACUAAACCACAAGUUAUGAUAACUGACAUCGAUUUAGCCCGAGAUGCGUUCAGGAAGAAUGAUAUGGCCGGUCGUCCCGAGUCUUAUUUAGGGUCUCAUUUUUCAAACGAGAAAUACCAAGAUGUGGUGUUUACUGAUUACGGACACACGUGGGAGGCAUUAAGACGUGUGGCUCACUCGGCAUUACAGAAAUACUCUGUUAACGAAAGAUUAAAAUAUAUCAAACAUUACGACGACUAUAACGAGUCAAUUGAGAGAGACUUUUGCGAUGCACUCAUCAGUGCUAAGAAUGACGCCCUCAGAGACGGCAAAGAGUCCGCACCCUAUCUCACGGAUACCAACCUUUCAAUGGCUAUCUUUGACAUGUUCUUCGCCGGAACCGAUACCUCUCAACUGACUUUUCAAUGGAUUUUACUAUUUGUUUGCUAUUAUCCAGAAAUGCAGAAAAAGUUGAGACAAGAGAUUGAGUCCCAAAUCGGAGACCGAAUGCCAACACAUGAGGACAGGAAUCGAUGCCAUUAUAUCAUGGCUUUCAUCGCAGAGACACUAAGAACGAGAAACGUCGCGCCCACUGGUGUUCCUCAUAAGGCUCUUGUUGAUACUAAACUUGAUAAAUACACAAUACCUGAAAAUAUGUCAGUUAUGGUAUACCAGGGAAUCAUAUGUCGUAAUAACAAGGAUUGGCAAAAUGCCGAUGAAUUCAAACCCGAGAGGUUUAUUGAUAGUGAGGGACAAUACAUGACAACCCGUCCCAAAGCGUUUAUACCCUUCGGUGUGGGCCGUCGUGUCUGUCCGGGAGAGAAGUUAGCCAUCGCUGACCUGUUCCUGGUUUUGGUCCGAUUCCUUCAGUUUACACAGGACUAUGAGUUAGUGCUCGACAGUAACGGCGACAUUCGCACGUCUAUAAUAACGCUAACCAUCGGUUAUAUUGUGUAUAAAUUGGCAAAGUUUUAUCAUUUGAGAUCUAAACUACCUCCCGGUCCGCAUCCAUUACCGUUCCUGGGCAAUAUAUUAUUAUUCAAACGCAAAGAUCAUUGGGAUGUAGUGUUCAGAGAAUUGAAACAAAAAUACGGCCCGAUAUUCACUGUCUGGUUGGGAAAUACACCUCAAGUGAUGAUAACUGACAUCGAUUUGGCGAGAGAUGCCUUCAGGAAGAAUGAUAUGGCCGGUCGUCCCUCACCCGCCGAGUCUUAUUUUGGGUCUCAAUUGUCAAAUGAAAAAUAUCAAGACGUGGUGUUCACUGAUUACGGGCCUCAAUGGGAAGCGUUGAGACGAGUUGCACAUUCGGCCGUACAAAAAUACUCAGUAAACGAUAGAUUGAUUACUGUGGCCACCGAUUCAGUCGAUCGUACGGUUAAAGCCAUGUUAGAGAGGGAAGGAGUGGGGAAACCCUUUUCGCCCAUUAAUCACAUUUAUUUAAUGUUUCUAAAUAUUUUAGCCACGAGCAAUUUUGGAGAAACCUAUGACAUGGAGAACAAAGAAUUUAAAAGUUUUAAAUAUCUUUUACGGGAUUUUGCCAAAGAAGUCGGGCCUCGGUUUCUAAUGUGGGAAUUCUCACCAUUAGUUAGAUUUUAUGACAAAAAAUUGGUUACAAAACAUGGACGUUUAUUCGCAAAGGCGAUUGAUAUUGUUAAAGGAAAAUAUAUCAAACAUUACGACGACUAUAACGAGUCAAUUGAGAGAGACUUUUGCGAUGCACUCAUCAGUGCUAAGAAUGACGCCCUCAGAGACGGCAAAGAGUCGGCCCCUUAUCUCACGGAUACCAACCUUUCAAUGGCUAUCUUUGAUAUAUUCAUUGCCGGAACCGAUACCUCUCAACUGACAUUCCAAUGGAUUCUACUUCUGAUGACAUACUAUCCAGAAAUGCAACAGAAGUUGAGACAAGAGAUUGAGUCCCAAAUCGGAGACCGAAUGCCAACACAUGAGGACAGGAAUCGAUGCCAUUAUGUCAUGGCUUUCAUCGCUGAGACCAUGAGAUUCAGAAAUGUUGUGCCCACUGGACUUCCGCAUAGAACUCUUGUUGAUACAAAACUUGAUAAAUACACAAUACCUGAAAAUAUGUCAGUUAUGGUAUACCAGGGAAUCGUAUGCCGUAAUGACAAGGAUUGGCAAAAUAGCAAUGAAUUCAAACCCGAGAGGUUUAUUGAUAGUAAAGGACAAUACAUGACAACCCGUCCCAAAGCAUUCAUCCCCUUCGGUGUGGGCCGUCGUGUCUGUGCGGGGGAGAAGUUGGCCAUCGCUGACCUGUUCCUGGUUUUAAGUCGAUUUAUUCAGUCCACACAAGACUACAAUAUAGUGCUCGACAGUAACGGUGUAUUCAAAUCCAAAGAUCAUUGGGAUCUUGUAUUCCGACGGCUGUCCAAAGAAUAUGGCCCCGUAUUUACCUUCUGGUUCGGGACAACACCUCAAGUAGUAAUAACUGACAUCGAUUUGGGAAGAGAUGCCUUCAGGAGAAAUGAUAUGGCCGGUCGUAAUACGGAUUCUUAUUUUGGGUCUCAAAUGUCUAACGAGAAAUUUCAAGACGUGGUGUUCACUGAUUACGGGCCUCAAUGGGAGGCGUUGAGACGUGUGGCACAUUCGGCCGUACACCACAAGUACUGUCGGAGAAACUUGAUGACAUACUAUCCGGAAAUGCAGCAGAAGUUGAGACAAGAGAUUGAGUCCCAAAUCGGAGACCGAAUGCCAACACAUGAGGACAGGAAUCGAUGCCAUUAUGUCAUGGCUUUCAUCGCAGAGACCAUGAGAUUCAGAAAUGUUGUGCCCACUGGACUUCCGCAUAGAACUCUUGUUGAUACAAAACUUGAUAAAUACACAAUACCUGAAAAUAUGUCAGUUAUGGUAUAUCAGGGAAUCGUAUGCCGUAAUGACAAGGAUUGGCAAAAUGGCAAUGAAUUCAAACCCGAGAGGUUUAUUGAUAGUGAAGGAAAAUACAUGACAACCCGUCCCAAAGCAUUCAUCCCCUUCGGUGUGGGCCGUCGUGUCUGUGCGGGAGAGAAGUUAGCCAUCGCUGACCUGUUCCUGGUUUUGAGUCGAUUCCUUCAGUCCACACAAGACUAUAAUAUAGUGCUCGACAGUAACGAUGUAUUCAAAUCCAAAGAUCAUUGGGAUCUAGUAUUCCGACGGCUGGCCAAAGAAUAUGGCCCCGUAUUUACCUUCUGGUUCGGGACAACACCUCAAGUAGUAAUAACUGACAUCGAUUUGGCGAGAGAUGCCUUCAGGAGGAAUGAUAUGGCCGGUCGUAAUACGGACUCAUAUUUUGGGUCUCAAAUGUCAAACGAAAAAUUUCAAGACGUGGUGUUUACUGAUUACGGGCCUCAAUGGGAGGCGUUGAGACGUGUGGCACAUUCGGCCGUACACUAUGACUUGGAAAAUAAGGAGUUUCAGUUUUUUAAAUAUUUUUUGCGGGAUUUCGCUCGAGAAGUCGGGAAUCGGUUUCUAUUGUGGGAAUUCUCACCGAUAGUCAGAUUUUUUGACAGAAAAUUGGUUACAAAACAUAAGGGAUUGUUCACUAAAGCCAUUGCUCUCGUUAAAGGAAAGUAUACUAAACAUUAUGAAGACUAUAACGAGUCAAUUGAGAGAGACUUUUGCGAUGCACUCAUCAGUGCUAAGAAUGACGCCCUCAGAGACGGCAAAGAGUCGGCCCCUUAUCUCACGGACGCCAACCUAACGAUGGCUAUCUUAAAUAUAUUCCUCGCCGGAACCGAUACCUCUCAGCAGACAUUUCAAUGGAUUGUACUUCUGAUGACAUAUUAUCCAGAAAUGCAGCAGAAAUUGAGACAAGAAAUUGAGUCCCAAAUCGGAGACCGAAUGCCAACACAUGAGGACAGGAAUCGAUGCAAUUUUGUAAUGGCUUUCAUCGCAGAGACCAUGAGAUUCAGAAAUGUUGCGCCCACUGGACUCCCGCAUAAAGCCCUUGUUGAUACAAAACUUGAUAAAUAUUCAAUACCUAAAAAUAUGACAGUUCUUGUAUACCACGGAAUCAUAUGCCGUAAUGACAAGGAUUGGCAAAAUGCCAAUGAAUUCAAACCCGAGAGGUUUAUUGAUAGUGAGGGACAGUUCAUCACAACCCGUCCCAAAGCAUUGAUACCCUUCGGUGUGGGCCGUCGUGUCUGUCCGGGAGAGAAGUUAGCCAUCGCUGACCUGUUCCUGGUUUUGGUCCGAUUCCUUCAGUCCACACAAGACUAUGAUAUAGUGCUCGACAGUAACGGUGUAUUCAAACGGAAAGAUCAUUGGGAUGUAGUGUUCAGAGAACUGACCAAAAAAUAUGGCCCGAUAUUCACCUUUUGGUUCUUCAAUAGACCACUAGUGGUCGUGACGGACAUAGAGUUGGCCAGAGAGGCCUUCCGGAAGAAUGACUUCGCCGGCAGAGACAUAGCAUUUAUUGCGAAUCUAUUGUCUAAUGAUAAGCACUCAGACGUGAUAUUUUCCGAUUACGGGCACAGAUGGGAAGCGUUGAGACGAGUGGCACAUUCGGCCGUACAGAAAUAUUCGAUAAAUGAAAGACUAGUCUCUGUGGCCACCGAUUCAGUCGAUCGUACGGUUAAAGCAAUGUUAGAGAGGGAAGGAGUGGGCAAUGGUUUUGAUCCCAGAAGUUAUAUCUAUUUAAUGUUUCUCAACAUAUUAGCCACCAGUGCUUUCGGCAUUAGUUAUGAAUUUGAAGACAAAGAAUUCAAAUUUCUUAAAUAUGUGUUAAAAGACUUCGGACAAGAACUCGGCGCUCGAGUAUUCUUAUGGGAAUUCUCACCAAUAUUGAGAUUAUUGGAUCGAAAACUGGUUAAUAAAAAUAAGGACCUUGCUAAUGAGUUAAUUGCUUUAGUUAAGGAUAAGUUUACAAAACAUUACGACGACUAUAACGAGUCGAUUGAGAGAGACUUUUGCGAUGCACUCAUCAGUGCUAAGAAUGACGCCCUCAGAGACGGCAAAGAGUCGGCCCCUUAUCUCACGGACGCCAACCUCGCGAUGACUGUUAUGGACCUAUUCUUCGCCGGAACCGAUACCUCUCAGCAGACAUUUCAAUGGAUUCUACUUCUGAUGACAUACUAUACAGAUAUGCAUCAAAAGUUGAGACAAGAGAUUGAGUCCCAAAUCGGAGACCGAAUGCCAACACAUGAGGACAGGAAUCGAUGCCAUUAUGUCAUGGCUUUCAUCGCUGAGACACUGAGAUUCAGAAAUAUCGUACCCCAGGGUUUGCCCCAUAAGGCUAUUGUCAGGAGUACUAUCGGCGAUUACACAAUACCUGAAAAGAUGCAAAUUCUUGUAUAUCAGGGAAUCAUAUGCCGUAAUGACAAGGAUUGGCAAAACGCCGAUGAAUUCAAACCCGAGAGGUUUAUUGAUAGUGAGGGACAUUUCAUAACUACCAGACCUCAAGCCUACAUACCCUUCGGUGUGGGCCGUCGGGUCUGUUUGGGCGAGAAGUUAGCCAUCGCUGACCUGUUCCUCGUUUUGGUCCGAUUUCUUCAGUCCACACAAGACUAUGAGUUAGUCCUCGACAGCCAUAAAGGCAUUGAAGCCGAUCCUAAUGUUUCGGAUGCCUUCAAUCCGUCAAGGUUCUAUCAUUUACGGUCGCAACUGCCUCCCGGACCGCAUCCGUUGCCAAUAGUGGGCAAUAUUUUACUAUUCAAACGGAAAGAUCAUUGGGAUGUAGUGUUCAGAGAACUGGCCAAACAAUACGGCCCGGUAUUCACCUUUUGGUUCUUCAAUAGACCACAAGUUGUUGUGACAGAUAUAGUGAUGGCCAGAGAGGCGUUCCGGAAGAAUGACUUCGCCGGUAGAGACCUAUCAUAUAUCGCGAGUAUGUUUGCUAACGAGAAGCGCUCAGACGUGGCGUUUGCUGAUUACGGGCACAGAUGGGAGGCGUUGAGACGAGUGGCACAUUCGGCCGCACAGAAAUAUUCAAUAAAUGAAAAGCUAGUCUCUGUGGCCACCGAUUCAGUCGAUCGUACGGUUAAAGCCAUGUUAGACAAGGAAGGAGUGGGCAAUGUUUUUAAUCCCAAGAAUUAUGUCCUUUUGCUAUUUCUAAACAUAUUGGCCACCAGUGCUUUUGGACAGAGUGCUAAGAAUGACGCCCUCAGAGACGGCAAAGAGUCCGCACCCUAUCUGACCGAUGAGAACCUCUCGAUGACUAUCUUUGACAUGUUCUUCGCCGGAACCGAUACCUCUCAGCAGACAUUUCAAUGGAUUUUACUUCUGAUGACAUACUAUCCGGAAAUGCAGCAGAAGUUGAGACAAGNCUUCUGA